AUGUCGAGCUUGCUGAGGCGGUCGACCGGACUUGCGCGGGUCGCCAGCUAUUCGCUAAGCGCUUCGACCCGCGCAACCCUCCGAACACCACGAGCUCUACGCACAACCUCCUCGGCAUGGGCAAACCAGCGACCUCGAUACUACUCUUCCGACCAGAAGCCACCGGAGCGCGAACGCAAAGACAGCAAAGAUGGCGAAAGUGAUGGUGCGACACCGUCCAAGGAGGUGCCGUCGAAGCCGCAGAUGAAAAACCACAACUCGCCAGGUCCCACCGAGGGCGAGGCGCCUACAGCUUCCGAAAAUGCGAAGGACGGCAGGCUGCCCUUGCCAGAGGGCUGGGUAUACCUCAGCGACGCCGAGUACGAGAAAUUACAGAAUAUGCUCUCGACGGGACCUCUGUCCUUGAAAGAGAACGAGAAACGUGCCAUCUCCGAGAUCAAGCGAGUUGGCGUACCAAAGGGAUUGGCAGACAUAUUGAAGAAGCGGCAGGACGGCACUUUGGGUAUCGCCGACGCGGGCAAGGCCUUGAAAUCUAUAUAUGCUCUAUCCAAGAGACUCGCAGAAUUAGACUAUCCGGAGCUCCAGAACGGAUCGCAGUCGAAGCCAUCUAAAAGCUACGCGGAAUCGUCCUCCAAGAACAGUUCAAAUGAGGAGGGGAAGAAGGCGCAAGACGGCGAGCAGAAGCAGGACGAUCAGAACCCUAAGAUGGGCGAGAAGGGCUUCAACUCGAACCGGCCGCCGAAUCCCGAGAACAACUCUGACCCCAGUCCGCUGAGGGGGAACGACUGGGUGACGACAGUCGUGGGGUCCGCCAUCGCGUAUUGGAUCUACACUUCGAUAUUCGACGAGGGGGGACGAGAAAUCACGUGGCAGGAGCUGAGAAAGAACUUUCUGGAGAAGGGUCUCGUGGAGAAGAUGGUCGUAUAUGGCCACAAAGUCCGCGUUGAGCUCAAUCGAGAAGCUACUGCGUCCAUGUACCCGGAUUCUGUUGCACUACGCCCUGGUUUCAACUACUACUUCUCCAUCGCUUCCGUAGAGGCUUUCGAAAGGCGGUUGGAUGAAGCUCAAAACGAGCUUGGUAUUCCCAACAGCGAUCGGAUACCUGUGAGCUAUGCCGGAGAGAGUGGUUUCAUGAGCCUACUCAUGGCGUUCGGACCUACGCUCUUGCUUGUCGGUCUACUCUUCUACGCUAGUCGACGGGGACCUGGUGGCGGCGGUGCCGGUGGAGUCUUCGGCUUUGGAAAGAGCAAAGCGAAGCGGUUCAGUCAAGAGACGGCUGUCAAAGUCAAGUUCGCUGAUGUUGCCGGUCUAGACGAAGCCAAACAAGAGAUCAUGGAAUUCGUGAGCUUCCUUCAAAAGCCGGACAAGUUUGUAAGACUAGGUGCCAAGAUUCCCCGAGGUGCUAUUCUGGCAGGACCUCCUGGAACUGGUAAAACCUUGCUCGCAAAAGCCACUGCAGGCGAGUCUGGUGUUCCUUUCUUCAGUGUGAGUGGUUCGGAAUUCGUCGAGAUGUUUGUUGGUGUUGGUGCGUCGAGAGUACGGGAUCUCUUUGCCACGGCGCGGAAGAGCGCUCCGUGCAUCAUUUUCAUCGAUGAAAUCGAUGCUAUCGGCAGAUCGCGUGCGGAAGGGCAGAGGUUCGGAGGUAAUGACGAGCGGGAGGCAACAUUGAACCAGAUCUUGACCGAGAUGGACGGUUUCAACACCAGUGAGCAGAUUGUUGUUCUUGCCGGAACCAACAGAGUGGACGUCUUGGACAAGGCGCUGAUGAGACCUGGACGUUUCGACCGGCACAUCAACAUCGACGCCCCGACCAUGGCAGGACGACAAGACAUCUUCAAGGUUUACCUGAAGAAGAUUGUCACGCACGAAGAGAUAGAAUAUCUGAGUGGUCGCUUGUCUUCUCUGACACCGGGCUUCGCUGGUGCUGACAUCGCCAACUGUGUGAACGAGGCUGCACUUAUUGCUGCGAGGAAUAACGCGGCAUCGGUGACGUUGCAGCACUUCGAACAGGCAAUCGAGCGUGUUAUUGGUGGGCUCGAGCGCAAGUCACUCGUCCUGAACCCGGUGGAAAAGAAGACGGUCGCGUACCAUGAAGCUGGCCACGCUAUCUGCGGCUGGUUUUUUAAAUAUGCUGAUCCGCUUCUGAAAGUAUCCAUCAUCCCUCGUGGAAAGGGCUUGGGCUACGCCCAAUAUCUUCCCGGCGACGCCUACCUCAUGUCCUACCAGCAGUUGAUGGACCGGAUGGCCAUGACACUAGGAGGUCGAAUCUCGGAGGAACUACAUUUCCCUACCGUGACAACAGGAGCAAGUGACGAUUUCUCAAAGGUGACGCAGAUGGCCACGGCCAUGGUGACGCAAUGGGGUAUGUCGGAGAAGGUUGGACCUCUCCACUUCCGAAACGACGAGAGCAAGAUCCACAAGCCAUUCUCGGAGAUGACGGGACAGACGAUCGAUGAGGAGGUCAAGCGCAUCGUUGAAAUGGCAUACAAGCAGUGCAAAGACCUCCUGACGGAGAAGAAGAAGGAGGUUGGUAUUAUCGCCGAGGAAUUGCUGAGCAAGGAGAUGCUUGUCCGAGAUGACAUGAUCCGUCUUUUGGGUCCUCGACCGUUCGAUGACCGGGACGACUUCACGAAAUACUUUGGCGGCACAGCUAGCACAGAGCCGAAGGGACCACCGCCGCCACCUUCGUCGCCCAGUCUCCCCGACACGCCCGAGCCGCCUGCAGCCCCGGCGAUGUUCAAGGCGGUGGACGCCCAAGACAUCAGGUGA